UCCUGUAAACAGAGAGCACUUGGAACCCGGGCACUGGUCAGCUAACCACGUUUGUUAAUGUGUUUAUGGCAGCAGCAUGGCUAGCGGAGAGCUGUCCAGAGAGAAGGCGUUGGAGUGUGUCGGGUGCAGACACGCUUGUCAUAUAAUGUUAUAUGCAGAUACAAAAGAUAAACUGUUUAAAAAAAUCCCUAUCAGACACGUCGUACUGAUGCAGAUGCGUUUCGAUGGUCUGUUGGGUUUCCCUGGCGGGCUCGUUGACCCGUCCGUGGAGACCCUGGAGGAGGGCCUGAGCAGGGAACUGUGGGAGGAACUGGGAUUCUCGCUGUCAGUCUCUUUGGAGGAUCAUGUGACUUCCUGUCACACCCCUUCCUCCUUGCCCCAACUGGUCACUCACUUCUACGCCCGAAAAAUGGAAGAACGGGAGAUCAGGGAGGUGGAAAGGGCAGCUGCUACCACAGCAACAGACCAUGGGCAUGAGGUGAUGGGUAUGGUCAGAGUUCCUCUGUACACUCUGAAGGGAGGAGGGGGGCUUUCCUACUUCCUGUCCCACUCCUUCAUUGGUAACUCUCGCGGUCAGCUGGAGGACGCUCUGGUGCGCUUCGGUCUGGUCACGCCGGAGGAGCUACGCGCAGCACUUACACACGCAGGGCAGAAGAGGAGACAACCGUAACACCCUCGGUCGCUAAGCGCCAGCCGUAAGACACCACACUGACGAUCAUGGUGGUCACCCUCACUUCUGUUUUAUCGCUCAAAACACCAUACUUGCUGUAGCUUCCAUGGUAUUAAAUAAACAGAACCUGGCUCUUGCAGUAUUUCUAAUAGCUACUUUGAGUAAAAUAUGCCAACUUACGAUUUCGAAGGGUUAGCUGUGUGUCUGGGGGAGGUGUGGGGGAGUAGCUUUUUAAUUAAAGACAAAAUAAUAUAUACUAUUUAGUGGUUUUAUUAACGCUGCAGGCUAGUCAGCAUCUCUGGAAUAUCCAACAAUGUUUACAAAGUUCAAAAAACAGUAACAAAUGUACUCUAAUAGUGUCAUUCAGUGCAGUCAACGGUGGUACUAAAGUUCAUCGUGUUCAUAAAUAUUGUACUCUUUCAACGUUAUCAGUCCAUCUCGAUCGUGGUCACUCUUCUGGAACACGUCGUUCACCAUUCUCUCAUAGAAGGAGUCUUCACGUGGUUUGCUACCGUCUCUCUCGUACUCCACCUUGAAGUAGAAUCUCACCUGAAAAUAACAACAAUAAUAUUAAAGGCCUCCUCUGAACAAUGUACAAUUCUGUUUUGAGAAGAGACGCAUGCCCCCCCCUCCCAAAACUCGUACCUCCUCCCUGGUGAGAACCUUGUCGUCAUCCAGGUCAAUGUCCCUGAAGGACUCCAGGCUGCGUGGUCCUUUAGACACGGAGUAAACCUCCACCUCAAACACCAACGUGGCGUUGGGUGGAACAGGACCUAGUCCGCCCAAAAGAUAGUUACAGCAAUACUCUCCCUAAAACAACACGCAACAGCCAAACACAAUGACCACGACCUUUGAACCGACACACACAGAACCGCGGCAGCAAACAGCUGUGUUACUACGUCUCCAUCCACCAUGUGAAUAAAUCAGUUUGUUCCUCCAUCACUCUAGUCGUCAUACAUGUUAAUCCAAUGUCACGCCACUGCCAUACCGGGGAAACAUGCCUCUACCCCCCCUACAAAAGGACAAGCCCACAGCAACAACCAUGCAGUACAACUGAAACCCAUUCAACUCACCACUGCUCAACAUUUGAAAGACGCAUGCAAAGCUCUGACAGCUUUCUUUCUGAGGAAAGCAUCGGCUGUAUGCUUGGUGUGAAUGCCACAAAUACCCAGCAUGCUUACAUGCCAAGAGGAAGCGGUGCAGUACAUGGACAGAGGAGGACAUUCUUCAAGAAACUGCUGUGGAAAUAAUACACAGUUAAAUAAGGACUGAGUGCUGUGUGUUAGUUGAAGAUUUAGUCCAUGUACACCAAAGUUUUAUUCAAUUUGACAAUUGUUUAUGUAAAUAUUUGUUUGAAUGUGAUACUUUUAUUUUCAUGCACAUUUAUUCAUUAAAGGAAAACAAUGAGAGACUA